AUGAGCUUGAGCUUCUGGAAAUCCCCGGCCGCCGACACCACGGCGGCCCAGCACGAUACCGGCUCUGAAUCAGACGCUACCAUUAUUGAGGGCGGCGACUACAAGUAUACAGCAGAAGCUGGUCAGAAUACUUCUCUGCCGACUUAUCAGGAAGCCAGCGGUGCGCCCAUUGAGGUUAUCUCCCCCCUUGGCUACCAGGCUGGGUUCGUCACCUUGAUCUUUCUCAAUGUCAGCAAGAUGGUUGGAACUGGAAUCUUUUCCACACCAUCCUCCGUUCUGAAUGGAACCGGCUCUGUUGGUCUCGCCCUGUUCUACUGGGUGAUUGGCUUCGCUGUCGCAUCGAGCAUGCUCUCCGUCUACCUCGAAUUCGCCUCGUACUUUCCCAGUCGGUCUGGCUCGGAAGCUGUCUACCUGGAGCAGGCAUAUCCUCGCCCGAGAUACUUCUUCCCGACUGUGUUCGCCGUGCAGACCGUCGUCUUCUCGUUUAGCAGUAGCAAUGCUAUCGUCUUGGCCAAUUACUUGUUCAGACUCGCUCAGUCAGCCCCUACUGACUGGCAACUCAAGGGAGUUGCAAUUGCAUCGUACACAGUCGCGACACUAGCCGUCUCCUUCACCACAAAGUGGUCUUUACUGCUCUCGAACGCCAUUGGAAUCGUCAAGCUCAUUACAUUGAUCUUCAUUGGAAUCACUGGACUGGUCGUCCUCGGCGGCAACGUCUCACGCGUCCCGGAACCCAAGGAGCAUUUCCAAAAUGCCUUUGAUGGAACUGAGAAUGCAUCAGUUUACGGAGCUACUUCCGCUCUUAUCAGCGUCAUGUUCUCCUACCAGGGAUACGAAAACGCUUUCAAUCUGGUCAACGAAGUCAAGAACCCUAUCAAGUCUCUCAAGUGGAGCGCGCCCGCAUCGCUUAUUACAACGGGUAUCCUCUACAUGCUCGCGAACAUUGCAUACCUCGCUGCGGCUAGCAGGCAGGAUAUCAUCGAUUCCGAAGUUAACGUCGCAAGUCUUUUCUUCGAGAGGGUGUUUGGAUCCGGUGGAGCUUCUCGCGCAUUGAACUUCCUUAUCUGUGUCAGCGCUUUUGGAAACUUGCUUGUCGUACUCAUCGGGCAAUCGCGGAUGAUCCGUGAGUGUGGACGGCAAGGUGUCCUUCCAUUCACUAGGUUCUGGACCUCGACCCGUCCUUUUGGAACCCCACUAGGCCCAUACUUCUUGAAAUGGUCUUUAACCAUUAUCAUGAUUCUAGCUCCUCCCGCUGGUGAUGCGUUCAAUUUUGUUGUCGAUCUCGGCGUCUACCCGCAGAGCUUGUUCAACUUCCUUCUUGCCGUCGGACUCUUGUUCACCCGCAGACACCGAAAGCGCCUCAAUAUCCCCCGAACGGAGUGGCACGCUUGGGAUAUCGUUGUCUACUUUGCAAUCCUGGCCAACCUUUACCUACUCGUUGCGCCCUGGUACCCACCCACAGAGGGCGCAACUGGAGGCGACGUGAGCUUCUGGUAUGGCACAUACCUUGUUGUCGGUAUCUCUCUCCUUGCUUUUUGCGGAGUCUACUACUUCGUGUGGAUGAAGGUCCUGCCUCAUUAUGGAAAGUACAAAUACCGCCAGACGAUCAUCACCCAUGAUAAUGGCGAGGUAUCCCAUAAAAUGGUCAAGGUGUCUAAUGACGAGAUUGCGGCGUGGGAUGCGGAGCACGAUGCGGCUGGAAGACUUCGUCGCAGACAUGCACACACUGUUGACAAAAGUGGCCAGACGGUGGAUGCUUAA